AUGACCUCAGUCCUUGUGUGUGGCACGUGCUUCGAUUGGAAGAUAACUGGGCAUUCUUUUCUUUCCCCAGUGGAGUUCCUGUUUUGCGACUUGGCUUCCAUGAGAUCCAUCCGUGAGUUUGUGCAGCAGUUCAGAGAGAAGAACAUCUCCCUGCAUGUUCUUGUCAACAAUGCUGGGGUCAUGUUGGUCCCUGAGAGGAAAACCAAGGAUGGUUUUGAGGAGCACUUUGGCUUGAAUUACCUGGGCCACUUCUUGCUGACCAACCUCCUCCUGGACCUGCUGAAGCAGUCAGGAUCCCCCAGCCACGGGGCAAGGGUGGUCACCGUAUCCUCAGCCACCCACUACGUCGGAGAGCUGGACAUGGACGACCUGCAGAGCAGCAACGGCUACUCGCCCCACAGAGCCUAUGCCCAAAGCAAGCUCGCCCUCAUUCUGUUCUCCUACCACCUCCAGGGGCUGCUGGCCUCCGAGGGCAGCCAUGUAACAUCCAACGUGGCAGACCCUGGGGUCGUCAACACAGAUCUCUACCGACAUGCCUUCUGGGGCACGAGACUGAUCAAGAAGCUCUUCGGCUGGCUGUUGUUCAAGACCUCAGAGGAAGGGGCAUGGACCUCUGUCUAUGCAGCCGUUGCCCCUGAGCUGGAAGGCAUUGGUGGCCACUACCUUUACAACGAGAAGCCAACUGCAUCCCUCCAGGUCACGUACGACAAGCAGCUGCAGCGAGAACUGUGGUCCACAAGUUGUAAGAUGACUGGCAUCCUGGACGUGACCCAGGAUGCCUUCUGGGGGUAGCUGCUGGGAAGGGCAGGCUUUGCACUUGGCCGGCUCUCCAUCUGGGAAGGACCCUGGGGGUUCUGUCCAAAAUUCCAGGAUGCUCUUCCCUGCCGUCUGUGGGAAUACGUAGGAAAUUAGGAAAUGAACCAGAGAGCCUUAGGGAAGAGCCUUGGUUAAGUGGUCCAGUGGCAAAUCUUGAUUCAAUAUGUGGUUGUUUUCAGUAAGUGACUGAUUUGUUGCAGAUGUCAUGAACGAUUAAAUCCUCUGACAUCAAGUCUGGGGUUUUUUAUUGGUUGGCGCAGAGGAUCUGGGUAGACUUGAUAAAAAGGCUUAAGGUGAGAGGACUCCUUUCAGGGGGACCCCCAUCCUGUCUGGGGACUUGAGCUUUUGUGAGGUCCCCUGUUUUGUUUGGUUCCCACUCUCCCUCCUCCUCCCUGGAGACCUUGCUCGGAUCCAUGGUCCCAAACAUAGGCUCAUCCUGCCUUGGUCUGCCCACAAAGGAUGCAUUCAGUUGACAUCCCUGUCCACACUGCCCUCCUUGGAUAAACUCAGCCCAUGGACAGUCCCUGAAGCCCUCAGACAUCAUUCGACCCACUGCUAGAUCCACGGACCAUGGAAGGACACUGGCCAGCUAGGUGGGGUACUGACUACCUACAGCAGGGGCUGGAGCUUUCCCAGAAGGGCAUAUGGGUGAGCAUCAGUUACAGGAUGGGGUUUGGACAUGCCCACCAUGGAGUGAUCACACAUGGUCUGUCCUGGGUCUCCCACAUGGAGCACCAUCUGUGAGGACACCCAGAGUCCCUCCAUCUGUGAAGUGCAGCACUUUCCUCUGCUCAAGUGCUUACCCCUAAACAAACCCACACCUUAAGGAUGCUGAACCCUUUCCCAGCCUUUGAUGUGACCUCAAAAUUUAUAUUUCGGAAGUUGGUCUUCCAGGCAUGUGGUUGCUGAUGAGGUUGGAGCUUCGUACAUCUGGCAGCACUGAACAGAGAGGACUUUCCUUUGAGUGGCCAACGCUCAGCCCUUAAUUAGAGGACAAUGACUCAACAGCAAUUACCCCAAUGACUGGAGCUGCCCCAUCAGUCCCACAUCCACCAGGCAGGAGAUGCAUCUCCAUGGCUGUUGCCUUUGGAGAUCCUGAGAGAUAAGCCUCCUGUCUGGGUGGCCCCCAACAUCUGUGACAUUCAAUCUUCAUCUCCGCUUCCAUCAUCUCCCUCAUGGUGUCCCCUUGGCCCUUGCUCUUCAUGGAAAGCAGCAUGUCCACCACUGGCAGUUCUGGUCCACUUCUUUAUUGCAUCUUUUUGCUUAGGAGGAAAAAAGGCAGUAUUUACUGUACUCCAGUUGUGUUCCAGUUGCUAUGCUGGGCUCUUUCACAAAUACCUCUCAUCCAUCCAUUCUUCCAUCCAUCCAUCCAUCCACCUACCCACCCAUCCAUCCAUCCAUCCUUCCACCCACCCACCCAUCCACCCAUC